UAAGAAUUCAUUUUAACUUCUAUCUUUAUAAUUUAAUAAGUGUAAAUGGAAAUUAGUUUUUUAGAAAAAUAUAAUAAAAUGGAUAGCAAAGUUAUGCAUAUUUAUAGUUCAGGUUAGGCCUUCAAAGAUUGGCAGUAGAAAUACAUGCAGCAGCAGUUAUCGGAGCCUUCUUUUAGGGUCUAGAUUUUUUAUUAUACGCAAUCUAUAAAGGAGAUUCCGCCAGAAUAAAAGUAGUUUUUGUAAUCAUAGCAUAGCUAGUCUAUAAAUUCUCUCAAAUUUCAGUUUAAUCUCACCAAGUUAAGCAACGCAGAUGAAUUAAACAUUAGGUUUUUGUUAAAAUCACUCACUUCGUUGAAAAAAAUUAGCUUUUCUGCACUUUUUAAUCAAGUUCAAUCUAGUUUAGCCAAGUUAAUUAUGGAAUCAGGCUUGACUCAUCUAUAAGGCAUCAAGAUUUUGAAAUUUCAAAAUAGCUUUUUUUCAACCACUGAGUUUAGUUAAUUUUUGAGGAAUUUGCAUAAUUUGCAGCAACUACAGCUAACAAUUCCAGAUUAAGCUGAUAUUGAGUCAAACAUAAUCACUGAAUCAUAGAAUUUGUCUCACUUAACUACUUAUAAAAUUUCGUUUGGAUAAGAAGGAUAACAUUCAACUAUUAAUCCUGAAUAGAUUUUACAAAUCCCACCACAUAUUAAUGAGAAAUGUUCUUCUCUUGUUGAUAUUGUAAUGAAUUAGAUUAUUGAAAUGCCAAAUUUGAAUAAAUUAGUCUUAAAUAUAAGUGGGAGACUAAAGGGAGAAGAACAAAUUAAAUUGUUGAAUUACUGUUUGUCUCACAAAAAACAUUUAAAAAGUAUUCAGAUAGACUUAUCUUAUCACAGAAUAGCAUACAAUAUAGCAAAUAUCAUUCAACUUGAUGCUAAUAUUGAAACACUUAAGUUAAACUGCUCAUCUAGUUACAAUUUCUGUUUUGAAGAAAUCUAGCUAAAUAAAAUUUAACUUAAAUAAAUAAAUGAAAAUCAUAACUCCUUGCCUGAUUUAUCUCAAAAUAAUAACUUAGAAAGCAACAAAGACGACAAUUGUUCAAGCAUAAUAUAAUCACAUAAAGCAAAUAAUAAAAAUACUUUUAUAAUCAAUGACAAAAUGCAUGAUAAAAAUAAUCUUUGCAAAUAAAAUAAUUCUUUGUUUUAAUUUACUCAAUUGUAAAAAUUGCAUUUGAAAUUAAAUUUUAACAAGUCUGAUUUAGUUAAUUCGUUGUUUAACUUUUUACAUCGAUAAAUCAAUCUGUCAAAAACACUCAAAACUCUACAUUUAGAAAUCAGUUUUACUUAAAAAAAUAUUUGCAUUCAGACAAUAGGCCACUUUUUGAGCAAAAUGUAAUCACUUGAAACUUUAGUUUUUAGAUGUCACUCAAAGUAAAUUGAAAAGAGAGAUAAUGUUUAUCUCCUUAGACAAAUCAGUAAGAUAAAAAAUCUCAAAGAGCUAACUUUUAACAUGAAAGUGCAAUAAAUUGAUAGUGAUUAUAGCGAUUUGUUAUAAUAUUUUAAUUAAAAAUGCAUCAAAUUAGAUAUUAACAUGUACAUUAACGUCGGUUUGAUCCAAAUUAGCAAAAAAAGUCUUAUAAUAUAUCCUAUCACAUAAGAAUUAAUGCUUUAUUCAGUGAAUGAAAUAAAAAAAUAAACAGACAUAUUAAAUUACUUGAUAAGCUGCUUUCGAAACAACACUCAAUUGCAGAAAAUUUAUCUUUAGAUGUCUAACAUUGCCAAUUAGUCUAGCUAGGAAGUUUAACAAUUCAUUGCGAAUUUGUCAUGUUUUGAGUAAUUGGAAGAAAUCUGCAUAGCUUUUACAUAGUUUAAUAUCUUGGAUAUAAAAUUUGUAUUAAAUGAAUUAGCAAAUAUUCUCCCUAAACUCCAGCUACUUAAAGUACUGCAAGUACAGAAUCGACACUUCUAGUAAAGCAAUUUCAAAGAAGAGUAUCAAAAGUUAUUAGUAACCUCAAUUUCUUCCAACUUAUAUCUUAAAAAUAUCAACCUAGAAAACUACUCUAACCAAACAUACGAAGACUACCAGCUUCUGUAUCUCUAAAAUCUCCUAAACGUCAAAAGCAAGUAUUCCAAAAAACUAAUUCCAUAAAUUAAAUCUCUCCAAUAAAAUUGGUAAUAAAUCUUAAGAAAAGACAUUAUUUCUGAUUUAGCAACUUAAUUCCUAAUAUGAAAGAAAUUAAUUCCCUAACAUAACCAAAUAAUAACGAAAUAAUACAUUUUUUUUAAUUUAUUUUAACUUCUUAUUUAAACAUAACAAAAAAUACCUAUUUAUCUUUAUAUCUAUCUAUCCAUUCUACUUUAUUUUAUUUGCUUAAAAACUCUUAAUUUUAUUAUUAUUAAUAUCUAACAUAAGUCUUUAUUGCUAUAUUUGUUUAUUUAUAUUUAAUAAAACUAUUCUAUUUCACAU